GUUUACAAGAUGCAGGUACUUUACCUAAACUAAGGUUAGUAUAUUUGGAAUCUUCCCCUCCUGAAUUCCAGAUGGUUGAUAUUGCAGCACCUAAUCUGAAAGGCCUAUACAUUAGAUCCGAUAGUUGGGACCUGAAUUUAUUAAUCAACAUAAAUGCUUGUGUAGCCCUCAAACGUUUGAAACUCAGCAGUUUGGUUGUGACUGACCAAUGGUUAGAGAACCUUUUACCAAAUCUACUCAACCUUGAAAUCUUUGACUUGUAUCUUUGUUCAUCGUUGAGGACCGUGAAGAUCUCAAGUAACCGACUCAAGUAUCUUAUAUUAGUCUCGUGCAACAAUCUGAUUGAGGUUGAUCUGGACACACCUAACUUUUUAGGUUUCUCAUCUGACGUUCGUUAUGGAAAUGAUAUUGUUAAUCCCUUACCCGCAUUCCAUCUGAAAGCUUCACCUCUGCUGGAAGUUAAGCUCAAAUUGAUUCCAGAAACCCCUGACACUAACUGGUACUCUGAGCUCACGAAGUCUCUCCGUAACUUUAAUCAUUCCAAGGCUAUUUGCCUAUGCUGUGAUGAUUACAAGCGAUAGUUAUACCCAAAGACGUGAGAGAUACCUUGCUUCCUCCACUUUAUGGCACUAAGCAUUUGCACAUACAAAUUGAGAGUCAUGUGAAACAUCCAGAUGUGGUGGGCAUUGUUGAUAGUUUGCUUCGGUUUUCUCCUCAAGUGGACACCCUAUCUUUUUGCGGGAAUGUAGAAUUAGAGAUGCUGAAGAGAUGCAGCUGAUGAUGAAGAUGAGAAACCUGGUUGUGCAUCUCUACCUUGGAAAUGUUGGAGGCAUGAGCUAAAGAAAGUUGAAUUGCAGCAAAACAUUGACUUGAUGGAGCUACUGGAUUUGGAAAACUACUUUCUCACAAACACAGAUGUAUUGGAGAUAAUUGAUGCACCACGAAGAUGGAGGCGUAGUAAUCCAGUUAGUUGGCAAUUUGAACUCCCAGGUUUUCAAUACCCCACCUUGUAAUCCUCUCCCCUAUCAUUUCCAGAAAAAAAAAAAAAAAACCUAUGAUGGACUUCAUUAGAGCAUCUACACACGGAAGCUUAUGCUUUGUGAGGUGUCACAACAAAAUGGUAUUUUCACUUGUCCCCAUGGAUACUGAAUUGAUGUCAUGCAUAUUUUCCUUUAGCUACUGGAUUUGAAAACAGUGAAUACUUUGGUAAUGGUCCGACGUAAGUAUAUACUUUAUAUAUACUGCAAUAUUUUCAUGUUUAAUAUAUUAACGUUGUUCCUUGUUCGGCUUUCUUGA